GUCGGGCGGUCUGAGGAGGUGCUUGAAGAUGAGGCCCCAGAGGCACAGAAUGGAGAUGAUCUUUUCUCCAUGACUUACAAUGAAAGGGAAGGAGUAGAGCCAUUUCUCUGUGAAGUAUCAGGGUAAAAGGAAAAGAAGUAUGAUGGUCAAGACUCCACAGAGGAAGCAGCAGGAUUGUGGAAACCAAUCCAAACCAAUGUCUUGCUUAAGUGUCUCAAUCCCUUUGAGGAUGUCCAGUCACAUAUUCAAGAGGCCAGUAACCAGAAUCGCAUCCUAUCCUGUAAAUGAGGUCAGAUGCCAUCACUGGGAGGAAACCCUGGACAAGCCCCAGCAGAUGUGCUGGCAGAAGAGGCUGCAAGGUCUCCAGGCCUAUAGCAGUGCAGGGGAACUCUUAAGCACGUUGGAUCUUGCCAAAGCCUUGCAAAAACUUGUUCCUACGUGCUCAAGUGAAUAUCUGCCAGGUGUUCUUGUAGGUGGUCUGAACCCCAGCCCCACGCCCACCCCUGCUGUGUCUUCAGAUUUGGUAAAGGUGAUUCCAGGAGCUGGUCUGGGUAUCCCGCAGCUUCUGUGCAAACAGUUUCUGGUGACUGAGGAAGAUAUCAGGAAACAGGAAAGGAAAGUGAAGACAGCAAGAGAAAGGUUGGCCGUGGCACUGGCUGUAGACAGACUUGCUAGAGAGGCAGAGAAAAUGAGGGGCCAAGAAGCACAUCCCGAAAAACACCAUGAGAAAAAAGAGAAGCUAGUGCAGGUGAAAUGGAGCAUGGGACUUUCUUAAGGUCUCUUUGCAGUGUCCAUGGUGCCUUCAUAUGCUCCUGAGCCCUCGAAACUUUAAUAUGUACUGGUACUUUGCUUAUAUUAAAUUAUUUUGUGUGACAUAGACAAUAGACACAGUGAUCUUUUUGAGCUGCGAGAUUGGGUUUCAAGUGAGGAGAGAAAGGAGGUCUUUCCUUUCCAUGAGGUACUGUUAUCUUCUCUUACUCUGUAUGUUAUUUGCAUUUUAAAGUCAACAGAGAGUGGUCCAAGUCAUGGCAUUAUUUAGUGUUCUGCCUUCACAGUCAGGGUAAAACAUGCCUGGUUGAAAUGGACUAUUCUUUUUGUGAUAAGAUUCCAACAGAUUCCAACAUAAUUUUUUUUUUUUAUGUUCUCAAAGAAGAUGUA